AUGAGCGACGCCGACGCAGACAUCUCGAGCGCACCCCAGCCAACCAUCACCUUCAAGCGCAAGAAGCGCCCCGCCGCCGCGCGUGCGCACCAUCGCCCGUCGUCCUCGACCGGGGUGAACGAGGCGGACAGCGGCGCAGACGGCGCGGACAGGGCAGAGACGCCACUCAGUGGGUUCGAAGGCGACGUCGAGGACUCGACCAGCGAGACUUUGGAAGAACUGCUCGCCCUGCGCCGGCUUAAACGGUCGACGGCUGGACUCGAACUCGAGAAGCUCAACUCGGGCGAGAAACGCAAGCGGGCGCGGCCAGUCGCCGAGGGAGACGCUUCCGGGCAGGUCCUCGAGAAUGGGAUGGUCGAGGGGACGCACGGCGGCCUGCGAGGAGGGGCUGCAGGGGCGGACAGAAUCAGGGACGACAGCGAACGACCCGAGGCCAAGGCACGCAAGAUCAUCAAGACGGACAACUUUACUGGCCAGACGAACACGGUCGACGUCGACAAGCACAUGCUCGCCUACAUCGAAGCCGAACUCGCGAAAAAGCGCGGCGAGGACUCCGCCUCCUCCGACCCCUCCUCAAACCCCUCACGCCCCUACGACCCGCGCGACGAACUCUACCGCGUCGCCGAAAAGUACAAGUUUGCCGAUAUCGCCGAGCAGGAGGGCAAGAAGAAGGAGCGGGAUGAAGAAGAGGGAAACGUCACGCUCAGUACCGGCAUGUUGAUGGGCAUCCCCGAGGUGGACCUGGGCAUCGACACAAAGCUGAAGAACAUCGAGGCGACCGAAAAAGCGAAGCGUGCGCUACGAGAAGGCUCACGACCAGGGUCAGGGCCCGAAGAAGCGGCCGGUCUUCCGCCAGACAAGGACGAGUUUGCGGUCGACCGAUUCUAUCGCCACCGCUGCCCUCUCGAGUCGGACCAGUCCGCCCUCGCCCGCGCGCGCUACCUCGCCGCCAACCCGCCCGAAACCGACCCCGACGCCGAGCUGCGCAAGCGGAAGCCGGGCAGGGAGACCGCGACGGACGAGAUGGCGGUCGCGAGGUUCAAGAAGAGGCAGAUGCAGCAGUGGGGCGGGAAGAAGUGA